AUGAUGUGCACUUUCCACCCCAGGUGUUUGCUCUUCAGCUUUCUGUCAGCGAGCUCAACUAAUGAGCCAGGGAAAAGGUUUGGAUGCUUCUUGAAAGACAGCAUUACAGGAACUCUUCCAAGAAUGCAUAGGGCAAAUGCAAUUUCUGGACAUUCCUUAAAGCAAUGUGGCCAUCUGAUUAGUGCUUGCCAUAGAGACAUUUAUGAAGGGAUUGACAUGAGAGGGACAAAUUUUAAUAUAUCUAAGGUGGAAAGUGUUGAAGAUUGUCAAAAAUUGUGCACCAAUAGUAUUCACUGCCAAUUUUUCACAUAUGCCACACAAGCAUUUCACAAUGUAGAGUACAGGAACAGCUGUCUAUUAAAACACAGUCCAAGUGGAACACCUACCAGCAUAAAGAUGCUGAAUAAUGUGGUGUCUGGAUUCUCACUGAAGCCCUGUGCAGUUUCAGAAAUUGGUUGUCCCAUGGAUCUCUUCCAACAUCUUGAAUUUGCAGACCUAGAUGUGGCCAGAAUCAUCACUCCGGAUGCUUUUGUGUGUCGAACCAUCUGCACCUACCAUCCCAAUUGCCUCUUCUUUACUUUCUAUACGCAUACAUGGAAGGUAGAAUCGCAAAGAAAUGUUUGUCUCCUUAAGACUUCUGAAAGUGGGACACCAAGUUCCUUCACUCCUCAAGAAAAUACAAUAUCUGGACAUAGCCUCUCCACUUGCAGAAGAACUUUGCCUGAACCCUGUCAUUCCAAAAUCUACUCUGGAGUAGACUUUGGAGGAGAAGAAUUGAAUGUGACCUUCGUGCAAGGAGUAAAUGCUUGCCAAGAGAUUUGUACAAAGAAAACUCGCUGUCAGUUCUUUGCUUACUCUUUACUCCCAGGAGACUGCAAGGGAGAGAAGUGUAAAUGUUCCUUAAGGUUAUCUGUGGAUGGUUCUCCAACUAGGAUCACCUAUGGGGCCCAAGGGAGCUCUGGCUACUCUUUGAGAUUGUGUAAAGCUGGUGACAGCUCUGUUUGCACAACAAAAACAAAUUCUCGCAUUGUGGGAGGAACAAACUCUUCUUUGGGGGAGUGGCCCUGGCAGGUCAGCCUGCAAGUGAAACUGACAGCUCAAAACCACCUGUGUGGGGGAUCUCUCAUUGGAAAUCAGUGGAUUCUGACUGCUGCCCAUUGCUUUGAUGGGAUUCCCUACCCGGACGUGUGGCGCAUUUAUGGUGGUAUUUUAAAUCUGUCAGAGAUUAAAAAAGAUACUCCAUUCUCAAAAAUAAAAGAGCUUAUUAUUCACCAGAAAUAUAAAAUCUCAGAAGGCAAUCAUGACAUCGCCUUAAUAAAACUGCAGACUCCCUUGAAUUAUACGGAAUUCCAAAAACCAAUAUGCCUGCCUUCCAAAGGAGAUACACAUGCAAUUUAUACCAACUGCUGGGUAACUGGAUGGGGCUACACUAAGGAAAAAGGGAGAUUCUGGUGGCCCCUUAGUGUGUAA